UUCUCAUUAUUCAUCAAAUAUUCAUUCAGUGCAGUUGCAGUUACAGCUGAAGUGUUGAAAGAGCAAAAAAAAAAAAAGAAAAAUCCAAAUUGGUUUAAUAAUAUCACCAGUUCUGAGAGCGCACACACCCACAAAACAAGAUGCGUAACGCGGGCCUUUUGGCCAUUUUGGCAGUGUUUGUUUUUGGCGUUUUCGUUUCAUCGACGCCAAUUGCUGAGCAGCCGCUGCUAGGUGCCACUAAGUGCACCUGGGGCCCCUCCUACUGGUGCGACAAUCUCAGCAAUUCAAAGGAAUGCAAGGCUACCCGUCACUGUAUUCAGACCGUGUGGGAAAAACGAACCGUGCCCGUGGACACGGAUUCGAUUUGCCAGAUAUGCAAGGACAUGGUAACACAGGCGCGCGAUCAAUUGCGCAGCAAUGAGACCGAGGAAGAGAUUAAGGAGGUCUUUGAAGGCUCCUGCAAACUGAUACCCAUCAAGCUAGUGCAGAAGGAGUGCAUUACUCUGGCUGACAACUUCAUACCCGAGCUUGUCGAGGCGUUGUCCUCGCAGAUGAAUCCUGAUCAAGUCUGUUCGGUAGCUGGUUUGUGCAACAGCGCUCGCAUCGAUGAGCUGCUGCAUAACGCAUAUCAGGCGGCUCUGGACGGCACGCUCAAGGAAGAGGAAGUAGUGAUCGAUAAUAAUGAUAACAAGAAGGAAGAAAGCAAGGAGACUGGCUUGACUCAGCUCUCCUGUGGAAAUUGCAAUCUGCUCACGCGCAAGAUGCAGAGCAAGUUUGAGUCUACCAACCGCGACGACAUGGUUGAGCAGCUGCUGCACUGGUGCGGUACCAUGUCCAGUUUCUCCGAUGGCUGUGCCAACUUGGUACUGACCUAUUUCAAUGAUAUCUACGAGAAUCUGCAGCAGCACUUGCAGUCUGAUGGCCUGUGCCAUUUGUCUGGCGUGUGCGCAGCCCGUUACCAUCAACACGAGGAUGAUGUGAAGGAACCGGAGGCACUGACUACUCUGGACGGCGUUGGUGACGACAUUCCCUGUGCUCUGUGCGAGCAGCUAGUGAAACAUUUGCGCGAUGUGCUUGUAGCCAAUACCACAGAAACGGAAUUUAAGCAGGUUCUCGAGGGCUUCUGCAAACAGUCGCGUGGCUUCAAGGAUGAGUGCAUCAGUAUUGUGGAUCAGUACUAUCAUGUCAUCUACAGUACUUUGGUCAACAAUCUGGACGCCAAUGGCACUUGUUUCCUCAUUGGAGUUUGCCCCAAAGGCUUGGAUAAGACCCAUGAUGCACCCAUAAUGCCUUUGCUGCCGGCCAUUGCCCCUGCCGAAGUGCACGUGACUAUCAAGAAGUUAGGCGCCAACGAGCCCAAAUUUAGCCACCAACAAAUUAUGGACAUGCAGCUGCCAAUUGAUCAUCUAAUGGGAGCCGCUAAUCCCGGCCUUUUGGUGCAGGGCGGUGAAUUGUGCACCAUCUGCGAGUAUCUGUUGCACUUUAUUCAGGAAACGCUGGCCACGCCUGCUACCGAUGAUGAGAUUAAGCAUACUGUUGAGAACAUUUGCACCAAGCUACCACAGGGUGUGGCCGCACAGUGCCGCAACUUUGUGGAAAUGUACGGCGAUGCGGUCAUUGCAUUGCUCAUCCAGGGUCUGAAUCCACGCAGCGUUUGCCCCAUGAUGCAGAUGUGUCCACGUAACAUUGAGAACCACGAUGAUAUCGAGGUAUUCAACCCAUCACCGGUGUCCGAUCAACAGGACAAGCCCACCUGCCCGCUUUGCCUGUUUGCCGUUGAGCAGGCUCAGAUAAAGAUACGUGACAACAAGUCGAAGGAUAAUAUCAGAAAGGUUCUUGACGGCCUGUGCACCCAUUUGCCCAACAAGCUGCGCGACGAGUGCGUUGACUUUGUAGAGACCUACUCCAAUGAGCUCAUUGACAUGCUUAUCACCGAUUUCAAGCCAGAAGAGAUUUGCGUACAGCUCAAACUGUGUCCCAAGACUAAGGACUAUUUGGAUGAAAUGAGCAUUAGCCUCAUAGAUAGCGCGGAGACCGAUAAGUCGUCCAGCAGCAACAGCGAGGAACUGGAAGCCAAUGAAAUCGACUCCAGCAAGGAGAUGCCCGUACAGAUUGCUUUCGACAAGGACUUCGGCGUCGCUCCCAAUUGUUUGCUCUGCGAAGAGGUUGUCAAAACAGUCGAGAAGAGGAUUGGCAAGCAUACGACCAAGUCAGAGAUUAAGGACGCUCUAGAGCACUCUUGCGAUAAGUUCAAAAAACCAUUGGCCACCAAGUGUCAUAAAUUCAUUGACAAGCACGGUGAUCAGAUUGCCGACCUCCUACUGAGGGAGAUGGAACCGAAAAUUAUUUGCACCGAGAUUGGCAUGUGCUUGGGCGGCGAGCAGGAGGAUCUUGAAAUCGAUGAGGCCUUGAAAUACGAUGUAAUUGUGAUGCCCAAGCAGCAGGCCGAUAAGUUGGCGCGCUUGGAGUCAGCCAAGGUCGAUGAGCCGCCCACCUGUGUCCUGUGUGAGUUCAUCAUGACGAAACUGGAAGCCGACCUGCGUAACCAAACCGAGCAGGACGAGAUCAAGAAGGCCAUCCGCGCUGUCUGUGGACGUCUGCCGACCACCAUACGCAAGCAAUGUGACACCUUUAUCGACGGCUAUGCCUCAGCCAUUAUUAGUCUGCUAAGCAAGGUGCCUCCGAAGGAGGUGUGCCAGAAACUACAGCUCUGUUUCAGCCAAGUCGUCACCGAUGAGGUGGUUGAGUGUGGCGUUUGCCAUGGAGUUGCGCAGUCCCUGUUCCCAUUCUUCCGCGCGGAGAAGGAUCACGAUAAAUUUACCAUUCGGGACAUGAUCUCACAAGCCUGCGAGGACUUGCCAGCCAAGUACUAUAGCAUUUGCUCGCGAAUGAUAACUAUUUACGGCUACAGCAUCAUGCACCUGUCCGAGCGUCCCUAUGUCGACCCGUCGCACGUCUGCGCUGAGAUAGGCAAAUGCUUUGACAACGAGAAGUCCGCUUUGGCCUUUGCCAAAAUUUCAGCUUAAGAUGUUGUAACCGAAACCGCCUUGUGAUGUGUCGCAAAGGGGCGCCACGAUUUAUAUAAAUAUAUAUUAUAUCUUUACUUAUUUGCUUACAUUCUGUAAUCCACUGUGACUGUAAUGAUCUAAAAUUACUUACUGUUCUCUAAAAUUUA